UGACGUACAACAAAUUAUUCCGCUCAGUAUUAAUUCGGCGUGCGAACUGUGAACAGCACAUUCAUCAAUUCUUCAUAUCUUCAAGGAUUCUUCCGAGGAACACGCUAUAGACGAAUUCAUACAGAUGAUGAACGCAUCAGUUUUAAGAUCAGCCUUCCGCGAAAUACCGCAAACGCUGACACGAACGCGAAAAGUACAUUUAUGUGCAUCAAGAUUUAAUUACCAUCCAGGCCCUUUGACGCAAUUUACGGAUGAUGAACUUAUGAUGAAAGAAACCGUUGCUAAACUGGCUAAGGAGGAGAUCGCUCCUGCCGUCCGAAAAAUGGAAAAGGAGGGCAAGAUAGAUGAUAGCGUUUUAAAAGUAUUAUUUGAGAAUGGCUUGAUGGGUUUAGAAAUUCCAACAGAUUACGGAGGUGCAGGUUGCAAUUUUAUGAGCACAAUUUUAACCGUCGAAGAAGUUGCGAAAGUCGACGGAGCCGUAGCUGCUCUCGUAGACAUUCAUAAUACUUUGGUUAACUCGCUUAUUAUUAAAGUUGGAUCUAAGGAACACAAAGAAAAAUAUCUGCCUAAAUUAGCACAAAAAUAUGCUGGUAGCUUUUGCCUGACGGAACCUAAUUCCGGAUCAGAUGCGUUUGCUCUUAAAACCAUAGCGAAAAAAGAUGGUAGCGAUUAUGUAAUAAAUGGAACAAAAAUGUGGAUCUCAAAUUCCGACAUCGCGGAAGUGUUCUUGGUUUUCGCUAAUGCAAAUCCAUCCACGGGAUACCGCGGCAUUACGACUUUCUUCGUGGAUCGCGAUACGCCCGGUUUGACUGUAGGUAAACCUGAAGACAAACUAGGCAUCAAGGCAUCUGGAACUUGUAUGGUUCAUUUUGAUAAUGUCAGGGUACCUGAAAGCAAUAUUUUAGGCGAGUUUGGAUACGGAUACAAGUAUGCGGCUGGUUUUCUGAAUGAAGGUAGAGUAGGCAUUGGCGCUCAAAUGAUUGGAAUCGCGCAAGGAAGUUUAGAUGCAACCAUACCAUAUACGCUGGAAAGAAAGCAAUUUGGAAAAGACGUUUUCUCAUUCCAAGCAAUGCAACAUCAAAUAGCUCAAGCAGUAACUGAUUUAGAAUGCGCCAGGUUAUUGGUUUACAACGCAGCUAGAUUGGUAGAUGCUAAAAAAGAUGUUAUGAAAGAAGCGGCUAUGGCCAAAUUAAUUGCAUCUGAAACUGCGUCACGUGUCACCACAAAGUGUAUAGAUUUUAUGGGAGGUGUUGGAUUUACAACCGAUUUUCCUCAGGAGAAAUAUUAUAGGGAUGCCAAGAUCGGCACGAUUUACGAAGGUACAAGCAAUAUGCAGUUGUCAACGAUUGCAAAAUGUAUACGCAAGGAAUAUUCGUAAAUUAAUAAUCCUUAACAUGACAUUAUAUGUAUUUACAAUACAAGAUUAUUUUUUACAUAUAUUUUUAAUACUAAAAAUUAGAGAAAAUAGCAUAUGUAUUAUUCAGAGAGAAUCAAAGGAGAAUGAAGCAGAAUUCAGUCGGAAGUCGCCGUUCAUUGGAGUGAGUAAAAGAUACGGUAAAAGAUAAGAUGGAAUAUAAUGUUGCACACAAUUAUUGUACCGCGUUAGUAUUGUGUAUGUGUAUACAUACAGGAUGCGUCACUAAAAUCCAGACAAAUUUCAAUUUAAAUUUUCCGUUAUAUUGUGCAUCCACCAGAGGUUGUUGUUGGCGUCCGAGAAAGCCUGAUGCUUCUAGUACAGAUAUAUUCUCAAAAUAACCGCAAUGUUGAAACCAAAUGCGGAGUAUAAUCGAAGAGUCGCGAUCAUCGAAGGCCUUCGCGUUGGGCACUUAGUAAAUAAUUCGGUUCUUUGGAUAUCUGAAAUCAACCAUUUAUGACGUUGUGGCAAAAUAUACGGCUUUAGAACAGUCCAAUAAAGAUUUCAAUAUGCUAGUAAGGAAGAGUCACUCAAAAGAUUGCGAGGACUCUCGCAAUUGUUGAAAGAGCUCAAACGUUGAUUUCGGAUGACCCAGGCAAUCAUUGCGAAAAUUAGCAUCAAUUGUUGGUAUAAGCGAGCCAAUAAUGCGUCGAAUUGCCGAGGAGGACCUUCGACACACCAAUCGUACAUAUUAAAGAUAUGACAAAUGCUCUCUGAGGUUGCCAUCCUGUAUAUGCAUAUUUGCGGAAGUGCACAAUAAAUGGCGGAACCAUCAGAGAAUACUCUUCAUGUC